AGGAGGAGUUUCUAAGCGUUUUUCAUCCAAACAGCAGGGCGCGGGCAGAGAAGGCUGACUUGCCUGCGCACUUGUCCCUCGUGAGUCGCCGUCAGCGCAGCCCCUGUCCAGCCGCGGGAGGCCUUGGGCGCUGCGGUUCCGGUUCCGGUUCGGGUUCGCGUCUGCACCUGCGGGGACAGCGGGCUGCCAUGGCGUACUCCACGGUGCAAAGGGUGGCCCUGGCCUCGGGGCUUGUCCUGGCUGUGUCGCUGCUGCUCCCCAAGGCCUUCCUGUCCCGGGGAAAGCGGCAGGAGCCGCCGGCAGCCCCCGAAGGCAAAUUGGGUCGAUUUCCACCUAUGAUGCAUCAACACCAGGCCCCCCCAGAUGGCCAGAACCCCGGGGCUCGUUUCCAGAGGUCUCACCUUGCAGAAGCCUUUGCAAAGGCCAAAGGAUCCGGUGGAGGCACUGGAGGAGGAGGUAGUAGAAGAGGCUUGAUGGGACAGAUUAUCCCAAUCUAUGGUUUUGGGAUUUUUUUAUAUAUACUGUACAUUCUGUUUAAGCUCUCAAAGGGAAAAGCUACUGGAGAGGAUCGGAAAUGCUCUACUGCCACACCUGGAAACUCCCACAGGAAAAUUACCAAUUUUGAGCUCGCUCAACUGCAGGAAAAACUGAAGGAGACAGAGGAAGCCAUGGAAAAACUAAUCAGCAGAGUGGGAUCUAAUGGGGAGAGAGCACAGGCUGUGACCUCUGACCAAGAAAAACGGUUGCUGCAUCAGCUCCGAGAAAUCACCAGGGUGAUGAAAGAAGGAAAAUUCAUUGACCGAGUCACUCCAGAGAAAGAAGCCGAGGAGGCCCCUUACAUGGAGGACUGGGAAGGUUACCCUGAGGAGACUUACCCAAUUUAUGACAUUUCAGAUUGCACCAAGCGUAGGCAAGAAACAAUCCUGGUGGACUACCCCGACUUUAAAGAGCCCUCUGCUGAGGAAAUAGCAGAAAGAAUGGCCAUGCUAGAAGAGGAAGAAACUGGUCCUGUAGGCUGGGCAGUACCCACCCGUCCUGAAGCCGAGGAAGACACUUCUGUUCCUGCUUAUGACCCAAAGCCAAAAACGUGUCCUUGCUGUUUUCCUGAAGAAGAGGACCCUGCCGUGCUGGCGGAGAACGCUGGGUUCACGGCAGAGAGUUUCUGUGAGCAGGAAGAAGCUGCCAGAGAAGUGUGGCCCCACAGCUUCCAAGAGGAGAGUCGGGGCACCAGCACCGAGGAGGUCUGUGUUUCUGGCGCACUGAGGAAACGAACCCCGCAGGGUGUCGAGUGCAAGCCGCCAGCCUGGUGA